CAUAUUUAAAAGGCUUCUCAGAGGCUAAACUGAAAGUGUUACUGUGACAGCAGUGGAGUAGAGCAAGAUGUUGCAGAUUUAUAUACUCAUUGGCUUGUUGUUUAAAGCCUCAGCGUCUCAGAUCACCGGUUAUGGAAAUGGAACAGCUGGCUACGGCGGGGAGGUGCGAUAUAAAUGCGUAUUAGCAGAUCCAACAGGUGUGCUCCAGGUCACGUGGCAGAGGCUUUUCAAGGAUGACUCCAUUGAGAAUUUAGCAACCUACAGCAAGCGGUUUGGACUGCAAGUAAAUGAGCCCUACGUUGGGAAAGUGAUCUUAGCAGAAGCGUCCCUCACUUCAACAUCCAUCCUUGUAAAGAAUGUCACAUGGGAAGAUGAAAGCUGCUACAUCUGCUCCUUCAAUGUGUAUCCAGAUGGGUCCAAAAGAAAGAAGACCUGCCUCACAGUGCAAGGAAUAUCCAAGGUGAAUACAGGAGUGCAACUCCUCAGGAGCGAAGACGAGGAGAGAGACCAGGAGGAGGUUGUGUUCAGCUGCUCUGCAACAGGAAAACCAGCACCAACCAUUGAGUGGGUCUUCUCAACUGGCGCCACCAAAGAAGACCAACUACAGUCUACAGUAGCCAACAGUGACCACACAUUUACCAGCUCCCGCAACAUCACUCUGAAAGUACCUCUUGACUGGAAGGGACAUGUGGAUUGCAUGCUGAACAGGGGAAUGAUUGGACAAAGGAGGGAGAGGAUCCCCUUUUCUCCAAGUCUCCGGAACAUUAAACAGGAGGUGAAAGGACUGUCUCAGUCAGGGGUCGCAGUUAUAGUUUGUGCCAUGCUGUUAAUUUCCUGCAUCGCUGUUGUUGCUGGAACUAAGUUUAAAAGGUCAAAGGGCAACACACAACAAAACAAUACUUGCACGCAACUGUCGUCAUCUGUCGUCUGAGAUCCUCACCAGAGCAGCAGUUCUGCUCUUUGAGGUUAAAAUGCAACAAAACAAAUGAAACAUGCAUUUGACCUUUCCUGUAGUCAUCACAGUGAAUAUUCAAGCACGCAAGCAUUAUCCAAAUACUUUAGCUAUGUAACAGUGAAUUAAGCUAGGAUCCAUUUUCCACAGGUCAUCACAGCACAUAAUAGUGUUUUGAAAACUAACUAAUUCACAUUUCUUUUAAAUAGUAAAACCUCAGCACUUUAACUUUGUUCAUGGAGCUUUAAGCAAAGUGUUGCUUCAGGCUUUACCGAAUGUAAAAGUACAGGGACUGUGACCGAUGUUUCAUAGGAGUAUUACAAGACUGGCUUCAAGCAACUGUGAGGUGAAGCAAAUACAUGAGAGUUUACAUUGAAGCAGAAUUAAUCAACAUGUACAACUUUUAAUCAAUUUACUCUUAUUCAGGGUGACUGUGCAAUAGUGAAGCUUUUCUUCUGGCAGAUUAGAACAAGCUGAUGUGUUUUGGUGACAGAAGGGAGUUGAAAAGGAGGACCUGUGUGAGGCAGUAAUGUCACAGUGCCAUCUAGUGGACUUUAUGGUGAACUAGCGGAGAGAGACAUAUGGCAAUAAAGAUUGUGUGAUCUAUAAAUAUGACAUGUGAAGCAAUCAGGUUUUAUUCCAAAAUUCUUAUUUAUAUUUAUUGAAAAAGUUUAAUUGACACAUAAUAUAUUACAUAAUAGACAUAAUAUAUAAUUGUAUAAUAAUAAUUUUCUGCAGAUUGUAUGUUUUUUUAUACAUAAUUUAGCACUUUUCUUGCAGUUUUGCACUUCAAUGCUCAAUGUUUGUGUUCAUAAAUGUUAUUUAUUGUUAAAUGGAGCCUGAGACAUAACUGUAUGGUUGUAGUUGUGCUGCCUGUGUGUUUAAUAUUGUUUUUCAUCAAUGUGCUAAUUCCCUGUCAAACACUGGAUUAUUAACCUUUGAAUAAUUUUGAUGAACGUCCUUCAUGAUUUCUGUGAACUACUUAGAGAAUAAAUUAUUAAAACUAUGUCCAUAUAUUUAUUUAUUUUUGUUCAUUUCAUUAAAAUAUAAUGCCUUUAA